UUCGAUGCUGCUCUGCCUCUGUAUCUAUUUUUGUUCAUCAGUUUAUAAUGGUCUUUAUUAUCCAUAAAUGAGUGAGAUCAUGUGGUAUUUUUCUUUCAUUGACUGGCUUAUUUCACUGCAUCUAUUUCUUUAACACUGAUGUCUCCUGAAACUGUGGUACAGAGAUGUAAUUAAUAAUUCUUGUGUGCCCUCAUCCUCCUCACUCACUAUUUAGGCCACUGUUCCCUACCAUACUUCUCAUGAUACUGUUAUGAGUGAGGGCUGGAGAGAAGAUUGGGGUAUGCGUUAUGACAUUUCAAGCCCCACACCUUCAAUUCCAUUCUUGGCAAAAGAAAAAAGAACAACAAUGAAAAAUCUGGACACAGGCACAUGCCCACCAGGAAGCAACCUGAAGCCCUUGGUAGCAACAGGACACUCUCAACAGUGACAACAAAAAGCACAGAUGAACAUACACAUACGGCAAGAUAUGGCCCUAAGUGCUGCGCUUGCAUCAUUUCAUUGAACUGUCGGUGAGCCAGCAUGGAGUCCGGGAGGAAGCAGGGUCACCAUCCAGGCCGCCAGCGAGUUUCAUUUGGGCCGUUCCUUCCCUGAUACCUGCAAUGGAUUUUGUUCUUCCCAGGUCUCUGAAGUGCUUUGUCCUGUGGAGUUCAUGCUGGAUUCAUCCAUGUCUUGUUUUGGUUUCACUGUCUUGGGACUGUUGGCUCAAUUCAGGGGCUUUAUCUUUGAAAAUUCAGCCUCUGUUUGGCUUCCUGGCACCACGCUUUGCACUUCCUUGCUCCUUAAUUCUGGUAACCCCUCCCCCCACCUCCUCUCUCUGCUUGCCCUAGGCUUCCAUUUGCAGUGUUUGAUCAUCCCUGGGCGAUUAUGAAUCUCCUAUGUCCCCUGGUACACAAUCAACAAUAUUGGGAUCAGUAGGCAUCCUGCUCACAGGUCUCUCUUUUCCGCUGUCCUUGACAAACCACUGUAUGCAUAGCUGAAGCUGGAGGUCCUCAGAUACUUAAGAUGACUACAGAUUGGAAAGGUCAUGUCUACCUUAGCCAAGGUAGCUGUGGAAUUUUAAAAAUAUUAAUGUAACUGUGAGGAUGUCUUUAUUGACGAGCAAUGUUGCAGUGUGUGGAUGGUCUCAGUGUUGGGUUGUCAGCAGUUGAUACCUCAGAGUCAGCUGGGGAUUUGAGGGUGAGCACAGCCCGAACCAUAGGCGAGUGGACCAGUGGGGACCUCAGCAGCAUGCGCUCACCAUCCCGCUCUUGGCACAGGUGCCCUAAAACCUUCGGGCCAGGGGCUGACCCAGGCGGGCUCAGAUAGCAGCACCGGAAAUCCCAGGCUCCCACUCAGUUUCAAGUAACAGCGGCUGAACCACGAGAGAAGCUUUUUCUAGAACCGAUUCCCCAAGACCGUCUGACUGCAGUUUAUGGGCCACGGGCAACUGGGGCAGAGCCAUUCUCUCAGUUUACUUCAACUUGAAUGAGAGGCUCUCCGAAUAAACAUCCCGGGAAGCAGGUGGACUGACAUCAAAGUCUUCAAUUCCUUUUCCAAUUUUGAUCGCAGCGGUCCUUUCCACACAGGUCUACAGAGGUUUUCAAAGCUCAAACUGUGCUCAGUUCCUACCAGACGGAUGCCUGCUCCUCCUGUGACCUGUGGGAGAGGCAGAGAGAUGUGUGAAUGGUCUCGGUGUGAGGCAGCCAAGAGCAGCUGUGCCCGCAGAGCUGGAGUGAAUCCUACCAGUCUCUUCACAGUGACCCGCUUCCACUUCACACAGACUAUUGAAAAGAAUCUCAUCAUAUAUAUAAACUUAUAAAAAAUAGAUUAACUAGCUUGCUGCGGAAGACAGGUAGAAGCUCUCUGUGGUUUUGAAGGGGUAACCUGCACCAGCCAGCCUUAAACCUCAGCAUGGUUAAGCUGCCAGGCCACACGAUUCUGUGUGUUGAAGCCCCCCGAGGUCCAACCAUUCUACACACCAGGAAUGGGAGGUGCGGGAAGGUUCAGUGAAGAUUUAAAAAAUUUGCUUAGUUACUGGAAGAACAGAGACUUAAGCCCUAGUUUCUUGACAGGAAAUCCUGCACUUGCUUCCAACUGCCUUUCAUCCAGAUGAUGGUCUUUGUGUCUGAAAGCCUGCAGAUGGUAACGGGGUUCUUUCCCGAGAGGGAGCUGAAACACGAGCUAAUUGUCAGUGAGAGUGGACUUUGGGGAGACUCUUCCCUCCUCUCUGGACUCAUUUUCGUGGCCACCUGAACACGCUGGCUCGGGGCUGGGAGCAAGGAGCCAUCCGCUGGCUCCAGGCUCCCUUCACAGCUGCACAGACAGUGAGCUGAGCUGCAGGGCUUGGAGUUCACUGUUCUCUCUGCCAGACCAACCUCUGUUGUAAAUUUCCCUCCCGGAACACGUGACGAUGCAUUUCUUGAUUAUAUAUCCCCAGGGCAGCCGCGGAGCUGAGCUGUCAGAGGCUUAGCCCGCAGAGGAGGACGCUCUUGGACUUGGCCACUUAGCAAUUCAGGACUUUGGACGAAUUUGCCAGCCUUUGGUAAGUUAGUGAUGCUACUGCCGCUGCAGACACAUUUGAAAGGCUAUUUCUACCAGUUAACCCUGGCCGAGCGAGCAGCGCGUCAAUGCUGAGGAUGGAGCCUCUGAACAGCACGCACCCCAGCACCGCGCUCCCCGGCACCCCCCUCGAGUCCCAUGUCCCCAGCAGCGGCAGCGGCAGCGGCAACGGGAACGAAUACUUCUACAUCCUGGUGGUCAUGUCCUUCUACGGCAUUUUCUUGAUCGGGAUCAUGCUGGGCUACAUGAAAUCCAAGCGGCGGGAGAAGAAGGCCAGCCUCCUGCUGCUGUACAAAGACGAGGAGAGGCUGUGGGGCGAGGCCAUGAAGCCGCUGCCCAUGAUGUCGGGGCUGCGGUCGGUGCAGGUGCCCGUGAUGCUGAACAUGCUGCAGGAGAGCGUGGCGCCCGCGCUGUCCUGCACCCUCUGCUCCAUGGAGGGGGACAGCGUGAGCUCCGAGUCCUCCUCGCCCGACGUGCACCUCACCAUCCAGGAGGAGGGGGCCGACGACGAGCUGGGGGAGAACUCGGAGACGCCCCUGAACGAAAGCAGCGAGGGGUCCUCGGAGAACAUCCAUCAGAAUUCCUAGCACCCCCAGGGCUUCUGGAGGUGGCCCUGUCAGCAGAGAGGAAGGGCGCUUUUCGUGUCUGGUUUCACUUUUGCAGUGAGGCUGCCUCUGUGAAGAGACCCUCGGCAGGCCCCUGAGUGGGGAUGGUGGGGGCCCAGGCUCAGCCGGAGCCAGCGGCAGCCAGGAGUCCCGGCCGUGCCUGUGGUGCCAACCGCCACAGCCAAAGCCCUGAAGACGUGCGUGCGGUGUGCACAUUUACUUGGGGCCUGGGGCUCGGGGUCCUGGCCAGAAUCUGGCAGGUCCAUGUGCUUGCUCGUGUUUUCUCACUGGAUGCCCUGGGCAACUCCAGCAGCCUCUGCCCACUCCCAGGACUGCCAAAUGCCCAGGACAUGCUGGGACGCUAGUUUUGAUUUCUUGAUUUGCCCAGAGCUUUGUUCUUCUCGAUCUGAUUGGCUGUAAGUACCUCUGUGGUGUACCUGUGGCAUUCAUUCACCAGGGACAGUGCUUCUGGCCUUUUGGGUUGGGAGGGUGACAUCUAAAGGAGGACUUUCCACGGGAGAAAGCUGGAGAUCUGACCUCGGCCCAUUUGCAUAUCAUAAGGGGAAAAAGGGGGCAACCUUUAAAAUUGUUAACAUUGGCUGGGAUUAUAAGGCAUGACCCUUUCUGUAACCCACAACCCUGAACUCUGACCUGGGACCAUCCAGCUGGCAUGAAGUUUUUUUGGUUGGAAGGCUCUCCAGACUCUAACCUGCACUCCUAAUGGCCGUGAAGGGGACUCUUCCUGAUCUUUCCAGAAAGGGUACUGAUGGGGUUGAAUGAAGCCAACCCUUAGCUCUACUGCUGCUCAAUUCUCAGCCUAAUUUUCUGAGCUGGGAGAGGACGUAAGGUGGGCCUCGGUGAUACGGCCUUUCGUCACGUAGCCGAGACCUGGAAGGGCAUACUCAGGCAGAAAGCACACAGAGCUGGGGCCCACGUUCUGUUCCCUGACCUCCCGAGCCCUGACACCGGUUUGCUGUGUGGUCCUGGGCACGUCACCAUGAGACUCCUGAUGAUCGGCAUCCCCAGGGGGCUGGGAGGAUGUCUUUAGAUUUUAAGACUCUGUGAUAAAUCCUGCCUGGCCUGGUGUGAGGAAGCUUGGACCAGAUAUUUGCCCCUUGGCCAGUUAGUCUGCAAAAGGAUUUGCUUAUUUAAAGGAGCAGUUGGAGACUAGGAAGACAAGGAACUGGGAAGUUCAGGGCGAAUCACCCACCCAUCCAGGCUGUCGUUUUUUCCCAGCAGUGAACCAAAGAGGCAGACGCCACAUUUUACUCUGCAAAGUUCUCUGGGUGCUGGAAUGUUAACCCUCCAGCGAAGGGAACGAGAAACCCAAAAGGAAACACUCAGGAAUGCUUUCCGGCAUCCCUGGCUAUUCCUGUGGUCGAUAGCUUUGCAGCAGACCCUCUGGGCCCUUGAAUCUGAGAAGGAAGAGAAACACACCAAAAGGUCAAAUUUAAUUCUAGUAAAAACAAAAAACUUUUUUUUUUUUAAAUUAAAAGAAACAUACUCUCCCUGGGUUGGAGACAGCAAUAACUACUGUUCCCAUGGAAGGGUUAACAGUGUAGGAGCUGGUUUAUCAGCUCGCCUUAACACAGUGCUAGAGGAAAUUUAUGUUUGGGGGGGGGGGGGGGAGGGGAAAGGGGCCUCUGUUCACUUUAAAAUUCAGAAUGUGGAUUUACUCCAAAGGGGGCUGUUUAAGGUGAAAGAAGCCAAGUUAAGUUGGCCCCUUGCCUGGAAUCACUUGAAUUCUGAAACUUUACUGCAACGGACAUGUGCGUGGUCACAUUUUCCAUUGCUUCAUCCUGAAGUUUGGUGCAAAUCUAGCUGCGCCUAUUAAAAUAGUGAUGUAUAUACUUCCUUCUUAUUCUAUUAAGUUGUAUAAAAUUGUCUUCUGUAUUUAACAGUUUGUCAUUUUCACUAUAUUUUUUAAUUUAAAUAAACAAACACAUUUCUCUGAGGAA